AUGGAGGCUUCCAAACAGGAAUUUGGUGUGGUUAUUGGAAGGUCCGAUAAUGGUUCAGAUAGAAGAUGUGUUUUUGUGACAAUGACGUGCGAAAGAAGCCGAAAAUAUAGAACUCCACUCCAGAAUUUUAAAAGAGACAACACUGGUUCAAGAAAAUGUGAGUGCCCCUUUAAGGUGUGUGGUUACAUGUUGGCAAACAAAAACUGGAGAUUUAAUGUCAUAUGUGAUUUGCAUAAUCAUGAUUUGUGUGAAAAGUUAGUCGACCAUCCAAUUGCGUGUCGGCUCAUGCCGGAAGAGAAGAAAUGUGUUGAUUACAUGACAUUGAAUUUGGUUCAACCGAAAAAUAUACUUACAACAUUGAAAUGGAAAAGACCCAAAAAUAUAUCAAAUAACAAGCAAGUGUAUAAUAUUCGGUACCAAACUAACAAGGCACUUAUGGGGGAUAUAACUGAAAUGCAACAACUCUUAAAACGGUUGGAUGAUAACAGUUAUGUGUCUAGGUACCGAACAUGCAAGGAUAGAGUUAUUGUUAGAGAUAUAUUUCGGACUCGUCCUAAUUCCGUAAAGUUGGUCAACACAUUUUCUAAGAUUCUCAUACUUGAUUCAGCGUACAAGACUAACAAAUAUAGACUUCCAUUGUUGGAGAUGGUUGGUGUUACCUCAACUGAGAAGACGCAUUCGAUAGGGUUUGCAUUUCUAGAGAGCGAGAAAGAAGAGAAUGUUACUUGGGCAUUAGAGGCGUGUCGAGUAAUGUUGAAGGAAAAAAGUUGA